AUGAACAUUCGUUUGGACGGUGCAGACCGGGGUGCAAAAGAUUCCGAAGGGCGUCGACCAGAGAAGGUCACUUUUCGGCCCAAGAAGGCGAAAGACACCAACCGGGCGCAAAGUGCCGGGCCACAAGUGGGUACCAGCCAGUCGGUGCCAUCAGCACAAGGGAGCAAAAAUUCCUGGCAGCUGGUCAGCAGGGCUAAGCGGAAGUCGAACGCACCUCGACCCGCAAAGAAGGUUAAGGACAGAGGAGAGGUUCUGUUGGUGAAAACCGACGAGGAUAAGUAUGCCGACACCCUCAAACCGUUGCGGGUGGCCAAAAAUCCCUCGGCUCUAGGACAGGAUGUGCGCAGCGUUAGACGUACCAAGACAGGCGAAAUGAUCUUGGUGCUGAAACGAGGUGCGCAAUCUAGUGGGGCGGCGUACAAGAAGUUGGCCCAAGAGCUCUUGGGUGACGGCGCUCAGGUGAGGUCGUUGGAUGCGGAAGUGACCCUCCAGUGCAAGCAACUGGAUAAGGUUACAAACGCAGACAACGUCGUCUCUACCGUUGUGGAGCAAGGUGGUUUGGUGAGGUCACCACCAGCAGCUGAAGUCAUUCAACAAGAACAGGAGGAGAAGCAACAGGAACAGCAGCAGCACCAACAACAGCCUGAGAAGAGUGGCAUGAAUUACACCCCACAUAAGCCAAAAGUAGUGGCAGCGAAGGUGACGGAGUUCUACAAAGGACAAGAACCUCGCCAGGAGACGGAAGACCAGGCGAGCCCAAAAGGCAGGCGCUCGAGGACCCAAUUGGAAGAAGGUUGGAGUACCGUUGUAGGUCAAAAUGAGAAACACGGGAAACAGCGAAAGCAGAAGGAAGAGCGAAAAGGGCAGCAGAAGAGGAAAAGAAAACCUUCGGCUCGUCAGACGGCGCCAAAGGGAGAAACCGUGCUCAUCAAAGCCAAUGUCACCCCGACUUAUGCAGGGCUUCUCAAAAAGGUCAGAGAGGAGCCGGAACUGAGAGAUUUGGGGGAAAACGUGCAACUGCAAAGCGGUUCAGUGGAUGCAGAUCCAUGUCGGAGGGCACGUGAUCGCAUCAAAGCGUGCACGGAAGCAAUUGGGAGUACUAAUCGACGACAGGUUGAGCUUCAACAACCACGUCGACUACGACUGCGAAAAGUCAGCAAAGGCAACAAACGCAAAAGCGAGAAUCACGCCAAAUGCCGACGGUCCGAGAAGCAGCACGAGACGUCUGCUAUCUACUGUUUCGUAAUCGGUACUACGAUAUGGGGGUCCUGUCUGGGGUUCUGCGUUGAAAACCAAGUGGAACAGUGA